AUGAAUGUCGACCAAUUAAUUUCAGAAGCUGAAAGGUGCUUUAGUUCCGGUAAUCACGACGGGGCUGUCCAACAUUUGACUACGGCAGCUAGAAGCGAUCCUAAUGAGCAACAGCAGUCCAAUAUCGAACAACUAAUCCAAAGGAUCUCGCAACAUGUAGUCCAGAAUGAUGAAGAGGGCCAAGGUGAACGUGGGAUCGGUGGUUCUUUGAUGAAUACUAUGAUGUCGAGCAAUAAUGGUUCUUCACAAUCGCAGUUAGGAAAAUUGGCCCUGCUAGCUACAAUCUUGGGUAGUAGUAAGAACUCUAAUUCUGGUGGAUUCAAUUUACAGUCGGUUGUUUCUUUGUUAGGUGGCCAGAAACAGAAUCAGAACCAACAAGGUGGUUCGAUGGGUAGUUCUGGUCUAUCUUCUUUGGCUUCCAAGUUCUUUGGGUCCGGCUCUCAGCCGUCACAGCAGUACCAGUCUUCACAGCAGUACCAGUCUUCGCAGCAGUACCAGUCUUCACAGCAAUACCAGCCUCCACAGCAACACCAGCAACCUCAACAGUCUGGUGGGUUCUCGUUGUCCUCGAUGGCUUCUUCUUUGUUGGGAGGGAACAACAACUCCCAUUCUGGUCAACAGCAGUACGGUUCUAAUUCCUCUCAAGGUUACUACAGCCACGGUCAGAAUCAAGGUCCUCCACCCAAUCAGUCUUAUCAGGGUCAGAAUCAAGGUCCACCACCUAAUCAGUCUUAUCAGGGACAGAACCAGGGAGGCUCGAGUACUUUCUCUUCCUUAGCUUCAAUGGCCGGUUCCUAUCUGAGUGGUUCUCAAAAGCCUCAGGAACAUCAUGGGCAAGGUCAUCAAGGCUUCCAAGGCCAGGGAAAUCAAGGUUACCAAGGUGGACAAGGUUUUCAAGGUGGGAAUGGCUUCCAAGGUAAUCAGGGUUUCCAAAGCGGCCAAGGUAAUCAAGAUUUUUAUGGUAACCAGGGCAAUCAAGGAAACCAAAGGUAUCAAGAAAACCAAGGUUACCACGGGAACCAAGGAAAUCAAGGCUAUCAAGGAUAUCAAGGGGAAGGUGGCCAAGGUUAUCAAGGUAACCAAGGUGGCCAAGGGAACAACGGCAAUUUCAAGUUCUCUGGUAACUUUGUGCCAGACAGAUAUUGA